UUUUAAGGGGUUGGUGGUGGAUCUGGAAGAUGGAAACCUUCUGAAGUUAGCUGAAGAUGGAACCAUCCUACGAGCGUCACAUGGAACCAACGACAUGAGCACAGAUGAGAUCAUCAAACAUUACGGUCCAAAGAGGGAAUGGAAGCACUUCACCAGCCUCAACACAUCCUUCACCAGAUCUGCAAAAUACUAUUUCUAUGACAACUACUUUGACCUGCCGGGAGUUCUGCUCUGUGGAAAAGUUGUGGACAUGUUGAACAAGAGAGGCAACGAGGUGAACUCUGACUUUUGGAAAGACAUGUUGGCUGCAAUCGAUCACAACUACAACACAUCUGCAUUUAAAGAUGAUUCAGGGACAUACUUCCCCAGUAUGAAGAGAGAUCCAGGUCACUAUCUGCAGCCCUGUUCGGACUCGGUGAAGACCUGGCUGCGCAGUAUGAAGAAUGCUGGGAAGGUUCUGCUGCUCAUCACCAGCUCCCACAGUGACUACUGCAGACUGAUCUGUGAAUACAUCCUGGGGCAGGACUUUGAGGAGCUGUUUGAUGUCAUCAUCACAAACGCUCUGAAGCCAGGCUUCUUCUCCUUGGUACCCCAGCAGAGACCCUUCAGGACCCUUGUGAAUGACGUGGAAGAGAGCGAGGGGCUGCCGGCACUGGACAAACCCGGCUGGUACUCCCAGGGAAACUGGCCCCACCUCCUCGAGCUGCUCAGGACUAUGACAGGGAAACCAGAACCAAAGGUGGCAUAUUUUGGUGACAGCAUGAGGUCGGACGUGUUUCCCGCCUCCACCUUCGGGAAGUGGGAGACGGUGAUGAUCGUGGAGGAAAUGGAGGGGGAUGGGGUCCCGAAAAGCGAUGCUGCAGUGUUCAAUGAGACCCAAGUGGAGCCGCAGGAGAAGAGGGGAAAGUUUGAGGACCAGGGCAUGAGGUCCCCUUCAGCCGUGUCCAGCCAGUGGGGCUCCUACUUUGUUGACGUACAGAAAGGCGAAGAUGAUGAUGAGGAGCAGCAGAAAGUGACCUGGUGCUGCCACUGCAUUCACACAUACAGCACUAUGGCCAUCCCCAGUGUGGAGCACAUCGCAGAUCUUCCUCUGGAUUACAAAUUCCCCAGGUUUUCCCCCGACAAACCCUGCACCACGGGGUACUACCCCCGCCCUCCAGAGUCUCUGCUGAAGAUGUGUGAAGAUCUGUCCUAAAACAGACCAAGAAGAACGAGGAAGAAGGAAAACAACUCCUCUCUGACUCCUCUGCCACAAGAGAGGCGUCUCCGUCUUUGCCUGUAGUUUUCCACCUGACUCCACCUUCACAUGUGAUGCAUAGGCCCCGCCCACUCAUCACCUGUUCAGAGAAACCAUGUGAAUGUAAGCCACAGUAUCCCUCCAUAACGCCUCCAUCUGAGAGUUCUGUGGUUCAGUGUACUCCACACGUGGAAAUACAAGAUAAUGCGUGUGUGUGUUGUGUGCGUGUGUCUGUGCACGCGCGCGCAUAUGUGUGUGCGUACAGUAAUAAAAAACUGUUUCCAUUGAUUGUUUUGUGUUUAAGAAGUGAACAGUUUACUGUCUCUUACCUCAGAGGAAGCAGAGUCCUGUCACAUGUGUCUGUAACUCGAUGUGCUGUGCUCUCAAUGACAUCAUUCUACAUAUUUUACUAACACAGACAUGAGGAGGUGUGUCUGUUGUUUCCCUGUGGAUGGUGUUAGUCACACAGAACCAGUGCUGUCCUCAGAGGGACUCAGUGAUACUGAUGAGGAGGACUGGUCUAGGUAUUGUGUGUACUUCUUUGUGUAACAGUGAUGUGUUUCUGAGUGAUUGUGUGUGAGUAUGGUUGACUCGAGCUGCAGACCAAGAUCUGCUUUAACCGACCUCUGAAUAGCUGUCUAAGUGCAGACAUAGACUGGGCCAUAAAGUCUUGGAACACUGAAGUUAAAGAGGAUCAGGUCCAAGUUGGUUCAGUAGAGUUUGACACAAAGCCUGACAGAGUGAACCAAGAACCCUAAAGAUUCAUCUUUGAAUCAUUUUACUGAUCUGGGAUCAGAUAAAGUUGUUCUAAUCCAGGUUUUCUCUUUAGUUUUUUAAAUCAAUGGAAGAAUUAUUUUUAAAUUUAGCUUUAUUUGUUGAGCAUGAAUACUGAAUAAAAUGUGUAGUAAUACACAACCCUACCAUGUAACACAGUAAAUUCAACCUGAUACCGUAUGAAACUGAUUGGGUCAAAGGGAAUCUGAGGAUAAAUUUAGUUUUUUUGGAUCAAGUCUGAUCAGAUUCUCCAAGGUGUUAAUGUUCCUUCAUUUCCCACCAGACUGAAACUCUAGAAUGUGGCAUACCCUUUUACCCUCAUACCGUUGUA